AUGUCGACAGAUACUACACAGGCGCCCCCCGCCGAACUGCACAAGAUGGAGGCGGGGCCGGAGGAGACGGUCGCGGAGGGACCAGAUAUGGAGAAGCUGGGCAGAGAGCGUCCAUCAGUCUUCACUUCGAUCUGGUCGGAGCUUGCAUUCUGUUUCUCCAUUGUUAUGUCCCAGAUCUUGGCGGAGUUCUAUAUCACCGGAUCCAAUGUUCUCACCCCCACCUUGGUUGAGGAACUGCAUAUCCCAGAAUCAUCCACCAUCUGGCCCACGACGGCACUCUCACUCGUCAUCUGCGCCACCUUGCUCAUUUUCGGUCGUUUGACCGACAUGUAUGGAGGUUAUCUCGUAUUCAACGCCGGCGCCAUCUGGCUCUCCAUCUCCUCGAUCAUCGCGGGCUUUUCGCAAUCCUGGCUGAUGCUGAUCAUCUUCCGAGCAGCCCAAGGCCUAGCACUGGGUGCUCUAUUGCCAUCCGGAAUGAUGAUUCUGGGCAGCACCUACCGACCAGGCCCACGAAAGAACCUAGUUUUUAGCAUCUAUGGAGCCUGCGCGGCGCUGGGCUUCUUCCUCGGAUUCUUUGUUUCCGGUCUUGCCGGCCAGUUCCUGAGCUGGAGAUGGUAUUUUUGGAUCGGAGCAAUCCUCUCUGCCGUGAUGGGUGUAUCGGCUAUUUUGUCGGUGCCCAAGGACUAUGCAGAGAAGAAGCAUUUAGGUGUUCGGAUGGACUGGGCUGGUUUCGUUCUUUCGAUCGUCGGAACAACACUUCUUGUUUUUGCUAUUGCCGACAGUUCUUACGCGCCGCAAGGAUGGAAAACCCCUUACAUUCCAUUGUUCCUCAUCCUCGGCGUCAUUACGCUGGCAGCUUUUGCAUACGUUGAAGGGUGGGUCGUUCAUAACCCACUAAUGCCGGGCGAUAUUUUCCGUGUCAAGCACAUGACACCGCUUGUGCUGUCCCUGCUCUGCCUCUACGGCUCCCUGGGUGUUUUUCUCCUUUACGGAGUUUUAUAUAUGUCCGCGUUCAUGGGCGCCAGUCCUCUCCAAAUCGUUGCAUGGACUGUUCCGAUGGCGGUUGGCGGCUUAUUUCUGUCGGUUACAGGAGGUUUCAUUCUUCACAAAGUUUCAGGCACGAUUCUCAUGAUCAUUUCGUGCCUAGGCUACGUGGGCUCUGCACUCCUGUUCGCAGUCGUCCCAAUGGGCGGAAAUUACUGGGCAUACGUCUUCCCAGCGAUGAUAUGCGGCACAAUCGCCAUUGACAUAUCAUUCAAUAUUGCCAAUAUCUUCAUUACAACAUCGAUGCCAAAGGCUCGACAAGGUAUCGCCGGAGCACUCCCCUAUUGCACCAUGCAUAUGGGAAUUGCGGUGAUACUUGGCUUUGCCGAUAUCGUGGAGACCCAAACCAAGCAUCUUGGUAAGCGCGAAAGCUACAAGGCUGUGUUUUGGUUCGAAGCAGGUCUUGCUAUUAUUGGAUUACUUAUGAGCGUUGCGUUCGUGCGCAUUAAGAAUGCCGAGAGUGAGUUGACGGCAGAUGAAAAGGAGCAGCUCAAGGAGCAGCCGAAUGCGGAGGCUGUCCAGAGGGAGGAGGUUUAG